GGAACAGCCUCUUUAUCUUCAGCGAAGAGCUGCAUCACAAGUACCUCACUUAUAUCAUCGGGCAACAGGACUUCGGUGAGGAAUCGAACCUCGUCAAACCUUCCUAGCAACACCGGCCACGCGCAAGACCGCAGAGCAUGUCGCUGAAGGCCAAACUCGAGAGCACAACCAUCAAAUGCUCUUCAAACACUAUAAAACAGUUUAUUCCACAUGGCACACUCGAAAAGCCCGAUAUUUUCAGCGACGCAAUAGUCAAAUCGGAGCUGAUGCGCCACCUGAAACGAACACCUGGCCACUCUACAGACGAAGUGAGCCGCCUAGCUGCUGUCAUCUGUAACGGAAAAUUCAAUCGCCUCAAUUCUUCAUAUCGUAAAGUCUUUGCGAUUCUAGUUCUUGUUGAUCUUGGCGACAGGAUUCCCCAGUUUGUCGAGGCAGAUGUGAAUGAUUCCUGUUUGCCAAUACUGACGCGAUCUGAGAUGGCUGCUUUGGCUGGCGGUCUCGACAAGGAUACUCCCUUUUCCGUCCAUAAUCUUGCGGUAUCGGACUGGCAAGACAACCAAGUCUCGUUAGGAUUUCUUGAUCGCUGGAGUUCUAGGGCGCGAGAGGCACUGUUGCAGAAACAGUGGACGGUGCUGUCGCCCGUCUUUGAAGUUGCCAGCCCAAAUAUCCCUCAUUACGUCUUUACGCCGCAACAUAUUUUCCCCAUAACCGAGUCUGGCCCAGUUUUUCCUGAACAAGUGUACGGGGAUCCAAAAACGACCCAGGUGCUAUCAACCUCAACGACCGUCAUUCGCAUCAGGUUGCACCCCUCCCACAAUCGCUUGCUCCACAAAUACUCGGUGAGGGAACUUUACAGCCUUACUCAAGCGCUGGCAAAUCUUCAUGGAAUGGGGCAGGAAACACAGGAUGACACUGUGUUGAGCAUUCACGGGGACAUAAGUUCGAAAAACAUACUCUGGUUUUCCGAGGGCGACACAGACUGUCUCUCAUACUCAAGGUUGGUGAUAGCUGAUUUCGGCUACGCUCACAUUGGUCUACCCAGGAAGCCAGGAGACAAAGAACUGCAGAUGGGCGCACAAACAUACCGCUCACCAGAGGCCGACACACCACAUUCUGACAUAUCGAGCGCCGCAGAUAUCUGGUCAUUGGGCUGCAUGUUUCUUGAGUUCGCCACCUGGCAGUUACUUGGUUGGGACGCGGUGGAGGAAGACUUUUCUCAAGCACGACUGGAAGCCGAGCCGGAUGGAGGCGUCAUAGUUGAUGCGUUCUUCAUUCGGCACCGCGAUGGACGUAUCGAGGUCAAGCCGGCGGUCCGGCGAUGGGUAGAUGACUUGAUGGGCCGUGACGGCUACUCGCCGUUCCUUGAAGAACUCCUUAGGCUUGUCAUGAUCAAUAUGCUUUGCGUGGAUGCCGCUGAGAGAGAUUCGGCGGAAGACGUUUCCGCUAAGCUGAAGGUCAUGUCUGAUCGCUGCCAGAUCGAACAAAAUCUUUGCCAAUCCCAACAUUCUUAG